GUCCAGGGAAACCAGUCAAAAGAGCAUCAUGCAUCUUUUGUCUCCCUGACCCCUCCAUCCAGACACACAGCAACAGGCCUCCACAAUGGCUGAACAAAGCCGAUGCCCCUUCCACCCGGCAGCUGUAUGGGCCGCUAAUCCUGCGCACAAAGCGGCCGCGGCUCGCCAUUGUUGGGCGCCCGCCCCGAGGGCACACUGCUGACGGGCUCUGGAAGGUCCCAGCGCGGCUGAUGCUUAUUUAGCCGGCACCGUGAGGGCCGCGGCCUCCCGGGAGCCAUGUACCGCCGCAGCUACGUUUUCCAGGCCCGCCAGGAGCGCUACGAGCGCGCCCAGCCCGCGGGUCCCGCCGCGCAGCCCGGAGGAACGGCCCCCGGUCUGGCGGCGCUGCAGGCUCUGGGCGAGCGCGUGGCCGCCCAGGUCCAGCGGGCCCGUGCGCUCCAGCAGCGCCACGCCGGCCUGCGGCGGCAGCUCGACGCCUUCCAGCGCCUGGGCGAGCAGCCGGGGCCCGAGGACGCCCUUGCCCGCCACGUCGAGGCCAAUCUGCAGCGUGCCCGCGACCUGGCAGCCGAGCGCGCGCGGCUGGAGAGGCAGGAGGCCGAGGCGCAGCGAGCGCUCGACGAGUUCCGGAGCAAAUAUGAAAAUGAAUGUGAAUGUCAAUCAGUGCUAAAAGAAAUGCUGGAGCGCCUUAACAAGAAAGCCGAUGAAGCCUUACUGCGGAACCUGCACCUUCAGUUGGAAGCCCAGUUUCUGCAGGCAGACAUCAGUGUGGCCAAGGACAGGUACAAAAAGAAUCUUCUGGAAAUUCAGACCUACAUCAGCAUCCUGCAGCAGAUCAUCCAGACUGCUCCUCAAGUGUCCCUGGUUACUAGUGGGAUGCGGGAGGAGAAGCUGCUGACAGAGCGGGAGGUGACUGCCCUGCGGAGCCAGUUGGAGGAGGGCAAGGAGGCGCUCACCCAUCUGCAGGCGCAGAAAGCUGAGCUGCAGGCCCAGACAACAGCCCUCGAACAAGCCAUUAAACACUCUCACGAGUGUUACGAUGACGAGAUACAGCUUUACAACGAGCAGAUCGAAAACCUAAGAAAAGAGAUAGAGGAGGCCGAGCGGUCUCUGGAGAGGUCGUCCUAUGACUGCAGGCAGCUGGCUGUGGCCCAGCAGACCCUGAGGAAUGAGCUAGACCGGUAUCAUCGGAUCAUUGAGAUCGAAGGCAACAGGUUGAGCUCUGUUUUCAUGGAGACACCCAUCUCUCUGAUUGGCCCGAGCCAUGGGGCCUCUCUCAGCCUUGGAUCCAGUGUGAAAGAUCUCACCAGGGCUGUGCAGGACAUCACAGCAGCUAAACCAAGACAAAAGGUCCUCCCCAAGAGCCUUCCAAAAAGGAAGGAGAUUAUAGCUCAAGACAAGGUGGACGAAACUCUGGAAGAUGCUCAAUUAAAAACUCUGCAAGAGCCAAACCCAGCGCAGGUGGAGCUUCAAGCAGACAGUGAUUCUCAGCUGGGACCAAGGGGUGGACAGGAAGUAAGUCCAACACAAGAAGGGGGUCCCGAGGACGUACCAGAUGGGGGCCAGAUAAGCAAAGCCUUUGGGAAGCUGUGUAAAGUGAUCAAAGAGAGAGUGAGUGGCCCCAAAGAGCCUGUGCCAGAGCCUCCCGCUGACCUCUUCACCAAAGGACGACAUAUACUGGUCACAGGGGAUGCCAGUUUUGUGGACCCUGAGUUCUACUCCUCCUCCAUCCCAGCUAGAGGUGGGGUGGUGGUUUCCAUUGAGGAAGACUCUAUGCAUCAUGAUGGCCACAUGGAGCCCUCUCCUGGGCAGCCCAUGCCACCUGUGGAGAAUGGACAGGGGGCUCCCCAGGGCAGGGAAGGUGACCAUUCAAACCACCAGCAGGUUACAGAUAAGAAUGGGAUAGGGGCCAAGGAACCAAAAGACCUGGAAGAAAAAGAUGAUGAUGGCCAGAAGGAAGAUGAGGGGCCUAGGAGACCCUGUCCCAUGAUCAUACCUGGUCCUAAUGGACCAUCUACAUCCCAUUCACAAACAUCUGGGUCCAAUCAGGAUGGACCAGAGGGGCCCAGUAGUAAGAGCAGUAGCCUGCCAGCAAAAAGCCCUUCUAAGGCUUUAGCUUUUAAGAAGGUAGAGGUGGUAGAAUCUAUUGAGAAGAUUUCAACAGAGAGUAUUCAGACGUACGAAGAAACCUCUGUAAUUGUGGAGACUGUGAUUGGGAAGACAAAGGCCGACAAGAAACUGGGAGAGAAGGGCUCUUAAAAAGCCAGGGCUCGAAGGAAGGAAGUGUCUGGGACCAGUGUAGGAGAAGUGCCUUGAGAUGGGUUCCCGUUUGGAUUAGAUCAUAGUUGACCUGUCUGGCAUUGCCAAUGACCUCCAUUAAAAUGCUUUUAUUUUGCUUGCACCAUA